AUGUCACUGCAUUCGGCACGGGGGCUUCAUGAUGAUGGUUGCUUUCAGGAUGUCCUGGUGGCUGUUGGCUUGGCGAAGGAUGGCGCUCCGCGAAAGACGGGCUCAGGAACUCCCAUGCGCGGUUUGCGGCGCAUCAAGACGAGCGGUCCGCAGACGCACAAACUGCCCUUUGGAGUCAUGUGGAGUAUCACUUUGGUAACGGCCGUCACCAUGGCAGUGAUCAAUUUCUUCACUAUUUGGAUAAUCUCCUUUGCGGUGGAGUGGAAGUUCAGCACGCUCCAGCUCAUGGUCGACAAGUUUGGCGUAUGGUUUGCCAUUUUGGGGUUCACGGGGAUUUGCUCUUGCCUAGCGCUGUGUUGCACCCUCUUCAUCUUCACCUGCGCUCCUGCGGCUGGUGGCUCCGGAGCACCUGAGAACAAAGGAUUUCUCAACGGGAACGAAAUGCCAGAGCUAUUUACCUUGCAGAACCUCGUUGGGAGGGCCAUCGCCACGAUGCUGGCCAAUGUCACUGGUUACCCAGUAGGGCGCGAGGGGCCGACUGUCACCAUGGGAAGCAACUUAGCGUACUUGAUCACACACGUGGCUGCGCUGCCAUUUGUUCGUCAAUGGGUAGACGUUGACGCACCUGGCUCGGCCACUUCUGCCGCCACCAUGAUUGAUGAGGACCGGUUCGAGCAUGCCAAGCGCAUUGUUUGUACAGUUGGUGGGGCUUGCGGAAUGGCAAUGUUGUUUGACUCCCCAAUCGGCGGCAUUGUGUACAUGUUUGAGGAGAUCACUUCCUCCUCCUGGCCGGUUGAGGUAACAUUCCGGGCAUUUGCCGGCACUUCGGUGUGUGCGCUGGUAUCCCGAGCGCUUCUGAACAUGUGUGGUACCUCCACAAAGGCGUUUGUGAUCUACGAGUGGAACCCGCAGCCAACAGGGUGGAGCUGGCACGACGUUCCCUUCUUCAUGUUGCUGGCCUUGCUGAUGGGACCCUUCAGUGCCUUCCACACCAGGGCUUGCCUGGCUGUCGCCAGCGUCAGGCAGACGCUCAUGCAGCGCUUGUCCGCAUACCAGCCAUACAACAAGAUGGCGGAUGCGGUGCUUUAUGGCGGUCUUGUGGCGUUGACGUACUCGCUGGUGGCUUUGUUGGCCAACUGCAAACAUACCGCUCAAGAUGCGGCACAGUUUGUUCGCUACGAUUGCGAGGAGGGCAAGUACAAUCCGGUGGCGUCGCUUUUGCUGACAACAUCCGAGGGAGCAGUGAAGCGACUUUUUUCAAGGCAUGAUGCCAACGAGAUCCACUUCAGGAAUGAGCUGCUCGCCUUUGUGUCAUACACAGCUCUGAACAUCGGUCUCACAGGCGUGCCUGUUCCCUCAGGGAAUUUUACCGGCUCCAUGCUGAUAGGAGGGCUAGUUGGCCGCAUGAUGGGUGCUCUUGUGCGAGACUACGGGCCGGGAAUGGCCGUGUCCGGAGUCUAUGCAAUGGUUGGAAGUGCCUCGAUGCUGGCGGGCUUUAAGCAGAUGGCGGUGGCAGUUGUGGUUUUCAUCACAGGAGCAGCCAACGACCUUGGGCUGAUCCCUCCCCUAAUGCUGGCAGUCACCCUUUCGUUGCUCCUGAAUAAGCUGAUCAACGAAAGGGGCUUCGAUGAGGAGCAAAUCCUCAGGAAAGCGAUUCCUUUCCUGCCCCCGGAGCCACCACGCCUCAUGGACCGUGUGGUGGCCCUGGACCUGCGGGACGACCUGCCACCUGAAGCCGCGCUUCAGCCAGAGGCCGACUACAACGCGAUCCAGCUGGCCCUGCAGCAGGACAAGGCUAGAGAUUACCCAGCGGAGGCUGUGUCUGAUGCUGGCGGCGAGCAGAUGGGCAAGCUGAUCUCUGCCACAGUCGCAAGGGAGUCCAGCUUCUCCGGAAACGUGCUGCCAGUCAAGCGUCUCACCGAACGAGCUCCGUACACCAUCCUGGAGGACAUGCCGGGGCCGCGGCUCUAUGCACUCUUUGCAAAGGCUGGUGCCAAAGCCGCGUGCGUCAUCUCAGAGAAGGGCGAGCCUCCAACUCAGGGCCAAGGGGGCUCAUUGCAACGGCGCGGAGAUACGAGGAGGCACUGCCUGUAA